AUGUCACUGAAAAGCGAGCACAGGGUGAACACCUCAGCACUGCAGAAAAUCGCUGCAGACAUGAGCAAUCUAAUAGAUAACCUCGACACCCGGGAACUCCACUUUGAGGGAGAGGAGGUAGAGUUUGACACAUCUCCUGGAGACCCCAAGGCUCAGGAAAAGUACAUCCCAUUCUCUUCCAUUUACAACACUCAAGGAUUUAAGGAGCCCAAUAUCCAGACCUACCUCUCCGGCUGUCCUAUUAAAGCCCAAGUACUGGAAGUGGAGCGCUUCACGUCUACAACCAGGGUGCCAAGUAUCAAUCUGUACACUAUUGAGUUAACACAUGGGGAAUUCACAUGGCAAGUGAAGAGGAAAUUCAAGCACUUCCAAGAGUUUCAUAGAGAGCUGCUCAAGUACAAAGCCUUCAUCCGAAUCCCCAUUCCCACGAAAAGACAUACUUUUAGAAGACAAAAUGUCAAAGAAGAGCCCCGAGAGAUGCCCAGUUUGCCUCGUUCAUCAGAAAACACCAUCCAGGAAGAACAGUUCUUUGGCAGGAGGAAGCAACUGGAAGAUUACUUGACAAAAAUACUAAAGAUGCCCAUGUACAGAAACUAUCAUGCCACGACAGAGUUCCUUGAUGUAAGCCAGCUGUCUUUCAUUCAUGAUUUGGGACCAAAGGGCCUGGAGGGGAUGAUCAUGAAAAGAUCUGGGGGACACAGGAUACCAGGUUUGAAUUGCUGUGGCCAAGGAAGAGCCUGCUACCGAUGGUCAAAAAGGUGGUUAAUAGUGAAAGACUCUUUCCUGCUGUACAUGAAACCAGACAGUGGGGCCAUUGCCUUUGUCCUCCUUGUAGAUAAAGAAUUCAGAAUAAAAGUGGGAAGGAAAGAAACAGAAACGAAAUAUGGACUUCGAAUCGAUAAUCUUUCAAGGACACUGAUUUUAAAAUGUAACAGCUACCGCCACGCUCGCUGGUGGGGAGGAGCCAUAGAAGAAUUCAUUCAGAAGCAUGGCUCGGACUUCCUCAAAGACCAUCGCUUUGGUUCCUAUGCCGCUGUCCAUGAGAACAUGUUAGCUAAAUGGUACGUGAACGCCAAAGGUUACUUUGAAGAUAUUGCAAAUGCAAUGGAAGAGGCGGCAGAAGAGAUUUUCAUCACUGAUUGGUGGUUAAGUCCGGAAAUCUUCCUGAAGCGGCCAGUAGUGGAAGGCAACCGCUGGAGGCUGGACUGCAUCCUCAAACGGAAAGCACAACAAGGUGUUCGGAUUUUCAUAAUGCUUUACAAAGAGGUGGAACUAGCCCUCGGGAUCAACAGUGAAUACAGCAAGCGGACUUUGAUGCGGCUGCACCCCAACAUAAAGGUGAUGAGGCACCCAGACCAUGUGUCAUCCAGUGUCUAUCUGUGGGCUCAUCAUGAGAAGCUUGUCAUCAUCGACCAAUCGGUGGCUUUUGUGGGUGGGAUUGACCUAGCCUAUGGAAGGUGGGAUGACAAUGAACACAGACUCACAGACGUGGGCAGUGUGAAGCGGGUCACCUCAGGACUGUCUAUGGGCUCUCUCGCAGCAGCAACAAUGGAAUCUAUGGAAUCCUUAAGCCUCAAGGAUAAUCACAGAUCUCAUAAAAAUGAACCCAUCCUGAAGAGUGUGGAUGAUGUAGACCCCAAGCUGAAAGGAGUAGGAAAGCCCCGGAAAUUCUCCAAAUUCAGUCUGUAUCGACAACUGCACCGUCGCCAUCUUCACAACUCGGACAGUGUUAGCAGCAUUGACAGCGCCUCCAACACUGGCUCCAUCCGAAGUGUACAGACGGGUGUGGGAGAGCUGCAUGGGGAGACCAGGUUUUGGCAUGGGAAGGAUUACUGCAACUUUGUCUUCAAGGACUGGGUCCAACUGGACAAGCCUUUUGCUGAUUUCAUUGACAGGUACUCCACCCCUCGAAUGCCUUGGCAUGAUAUUGGUUCUGUGCUUCAUGGGAAGGCAGCUCGAGACGUGGCUCGUCACUUCAUCCAGCGCUGGAACUUCACGAAGAUUAUGAAGCCAAAAUACCGCUCCCUUUCUUACCCUUUCCUGCUCCCAAAGUCUCAAAGCACUGCACAUGAGCUGAGGUAUCAGGUGCCAGGGGCGGUCCCCGCCAAAGUGCAGUUGCUCCGAUCUGCUGCUGAUUGGUCUGCUGGUAUAAAGCACCACGAGGAGUCAAUCCACUCUGCCUACAUCAACGUAAUAGAGAACAGCAAGCACUACAUCUACAUUGAAAAUCAAUUUUUCAUAAGCUGUGCUGACGAUAAAGUUGUGUUCAACAAGGUGGGAGAUGCUAUUGCACAGAGAAUCCUAAAAGCCCACAGGUAAG